GCGAAACAGUUUUCCUUCCUGUUUGUAUAUCGUUUGAUUGAUGUUUCAUGUCGGAUCCCUGUGCACCGAUAUUGUUUGAAUUGAAUAUGAUUCUGAUCUUCCUUUUAUCAUGUGUGUUUCUUUCCAAAGUCAUAUCAUAUGACAACAUUGCUUUAGAAAAACCUGCGCAGCAGCUGUAUCCCUAUCGUUAUCAACUAUGGGGAGCGGAUCUAGCAGUGGACGGACAGAAAUCAGACUUAUCUGCUUCUGGAGGACAGUGUACGAUAUCCGACGAUAGAAAACAAACAGCGAAGUGGUGGGUGGAUCUAGGAGGUGUCCUCAGUAUAUACUACAUAACUAUAUACUACAGGACGGACAAUAUAGCCUGGGAUUCCAGUAAUCCUUACACUACUCGGUUCCUUGGUUUCUCGGUCUACAUAUCGAACACAACGAACAAAGAUGAUGGGGUACAGUGUUUUAAAGACACGGAGUACAACAGAGACACAAUACCGAACUCGACAAACAUAACAUGUCCUAGACACGGACGUUACGUCGUUUAUUACAACGAGAGAGUUGACAGUCCUCCUGCUGAAUAUUCUCAGUACGCACACAACGAACUCUGUGAAGUGGAAGUUUACGGUUGUCCAACAUCAGGCGUUUAUGGAGAGAACUGCGAUAUACCGUGUCCCCAGAACUGUCAGGAGAGACAUUGUGACAUCGUUACUGGAACCUGUCUGGGGUGUAUCCCAGGGUACAAGGGGUCUUUCUGCGAUCAGCAAUGUGACGGGAGAUUAUAUGGGGAAAGUUGUACACAACCCUGCGGCCAAUGUCAGAAUUUAGAACACUGUCAUCACAUUAACGGAACAUGUUUAAACGGCUGUGGCAGAGGAUAUCACGGCGGGAAAUGUACUGAAGAAUGUCCAGAGGGUCGCUAUGGUUACAACUGUCAAGAGAGGUGUAACAUCAACUGUGGGCUCCCCGAGAGAUGUGACAGAGUAACGGGACAGUGUCAGAAUGAAUGUCAGGCGGGGUGGAAAAAUCAGAAAUGUGAUUCAAAGUGCGAUGGUAAAACAUUUGGACUAGGCUGUACUCAAGUGUGUGGCGUUUGCUUGGGUUACCAACAGUGUCAUCACGUAAACGGCACGUGCACAAAAGGCUGUGACAGGGGUUAUGAAGGAAUUAAUUGUACACAGGAAUGUGAGAAUGGGUUAUAUGGAUACAAAUGUAGCAAAUUAUGUGGACAUUGUUUACUUCCGGAACAGUGUGAUAACAUCAACGGGAUAUGCAUGGGUGGAUGUAAAAGUGGUUUUCAGGGAAUGUUUUGUACUGAGGUUGAUGCUACGAAUAGAACAUCUUUAGAACAGUUAAAAGAAGAACACUUAAAACUGGACAAUGUGCGAUUGAGAUACGAGAUAGAAAAACUGAAAACAGAAAACGAAAUCAUGGCCAUCCAGAAAGAGGUCUUGUUAUUAACGAAGUCGAAAUUAGAAUGUGAAAUUCAGGCCAACCUCCAUCUCGACUGUCAAGGAAAACAAUAAAGAAUAUAAAUAUCAUAUCCUUCUUCUGUACAUACACAGAUGCUUUUAAUGCAAUUUGUUAGAAAAUAGUUUUUCAGGUAUAUAGUAUUGAAAAUAAAUAUGAUAUGAACUGAUUUUAUCACUGAUAGGUCAUUUUGAAUUUUUGUUUUGAGAUGUUUACUGCUUGUACAUACAAUAAUAUCGUGUAUUCAGUCGAUCUGUAAAGUUUGGAUCAAAGUGUUGUAUGAAUAAUUUUCAUCCUUUUCUUUUUGCAUACGUAAUAAAGAGAGAAAGAACACACUUCAUAAUUAUACAAA